AUUUUGUGUCAGUGAUUGAUAGUGGGGGCUCUCUUCCUCUCAACAAAUAUUAAGUGAAGUGAAAAUUUAUCGGACCCUUUUCAUACAUAAAAUUUAAAGUCAUUCCUAGCCUGUACAUAGUUCAGACUGCUAGGAGCGAUACGAUAAAUAAUUUAAAAGUGUGUGAAAUAUAAGGAAGUGUUUUAUGGCAAAACGAAUUUCCUUUAUGUAAUAAUAAUCCAGUAUUGCGUGUAGUGUUUUUAAACAAUAAAAAUACAACAAAAUGAUUGCGAGGGACUAUUAUUAUCAGGACAGGAUGUGCGGUCAACUGUUAAGACAGUAUGAUCCCCACCUCCUAGACAUAUACAAGGCUGAAAUGAGUUACGGCAUACAGAGGUUCUUUUUAUUGUCAUACUGCCUGGCGUGUUGCUGGCCAGGAUUAAGUGCCAAAACUGGUCUGAGAAUAGUACGGCAAUGGGCGGAGUUAGAUUUCGAGUUUCCAAGCGAAGCGGUGCGGCAAAUAGCUUCAGAACGGCAGUACUAUGUACCUGCCAACUCGGUUCCUAUUGACGUUGAUGUUCAAUACAGACAAAGUCCAGAGAAAUCAAGAAUAUUUGUAACGCUACCCCGUUUCGAUGUCGGCCGUCCCGUGACACUUGGUGUCGUUGCCGAAGACGGCCGAAUCCGGGGAUACCCCGAUUAUUCUUGGCAUGACAACCAGGGAGGCAACUGUGAUGGUCUCACAUCCGUAUUUAGAGUAGCUAUUGACAAGUGUCAUCGCUUAUGGGUGAUGGACGCAGGGAAGAUCGGCGACACGCAAGUGUGUCCACCGCAGCUGUUGGCUUUCGACCUGCAUACCGAUCAGCUGAUCUAUCGACACCGAGUGAACGCCUCCAAUUAUAUAGCUACAUCACUUUUUAUAACGCCUGUUGUGGACACAGCAAGUGGACCAAAUGGUUGCAUGAACACGUUUGUCUACGUAGCUGACGUCUCUGGGUUUGGUUUACUGGUUGUGGAUGUUGCAAAUGAUCGCUCUUGGAGAGUUACACACCGUCACUUCUUCCCUUAUCCUAAUCAUGGUACCUUCACUAUAGAUGGGGAAAGCUUCGAUUUGAUGGAUGGUGUACUCGGAAUGGCGUUAUCACCUCGUCUUCCUGAUGAUGACAGGUUCCUGUACUUCCACGCCCUCGCUUCAGUUAGUGAAAACGUAGUACGGACAAGUGUACUCAGAAAUGACUCAUUAAUUCAGAAUUCAAAUGCGGACCCUGGCGCAAUCAGUGCUUUCCCAGAAAAAAGACCAAAUCAGUCAGCUGCCGAAGCAAUGAAUAAAGACGGUAUUCUAUUCUUUGGCUUAAUGGAACCCCCGGGCAUAUGGUGCUGGAAUUCAGCGACUGAGUUCUCUACAAGGAACUUCCAUCAAAUUGCAAUCAACAGGGAGACUUUACAAUUUUCUAGUGGCUUAAAAAUUGUAAAGAAUCUUAAAGGACAAGAAGAACUAUGGAUCCUUACAUCCAGUUUUCAACGAGUAAUGACUGGUUCCUUAAGCUCAGACAAGAUAAAUUAUAGAAUCCACGCUGAAAAAAUCCCCACUUUACUGGAGAACUCUCCUUGCUUGAUGGCCCCAAAGGACCGUACGACUGGCCAGCAUGCCAAUCUCAUUACAGCAGACAACCCAAAACAUAUCUUCAGAUAUGGAGCUGUUGCAUUUCUUUAGAGAUACUAUCAAUGUCUAAUAGAAUGCGGACCAGUUUUGUAUUAAAUAAUUGGCCAUAAAGAUUACUGUGUAAUAUAAAACGUAUUAAUAUAGUACGUAAGAUAAUUCA